GGACUGCCAUGUGGACAGGUGGCUGUCAACAGACUAAGCUGAGACGUUUUGGACUAUUUUAGCCGACAAUGAGUCUGUUACCCCGAACUGCCGAGGAGUUCAGCUCCGCGGAGUACUGGGAGAGGUUUUUUUUUAAGAAGCGUGGAGAGAAAGCUUUUGAAUGGUAUGGAGACUACAACAAACUCUGCGGCGUGCUGCACAAAUACAUCAAAGUCCAGGAUAAGGUGUUGGUGGUCGGUUGUGGAAACUCUGAGCUUAGUGAACAGAUGUAUGAUGUCGGCUACAAAAAUCUAACAAAUAUUGACAUCAGUGAGACGGUGGUGGCGCAUAUGAACCAGCGAAACGCUCAGCGCCGACCAGACCUGACCUUCCAGCAGGUUGAUGCUACACAAACUCCGUAUGAGGACGCAAGCUACCAGGCUGCUCUGGACAAAGGCACGCUGGAUGCCAUGGCAUCAGAAGAAGAAGGCGCACUGGCCAGGAACAUGCUCACUGAGGUGGGCCGUGUGCUGAGUGUCGGCGGCCGGUAUGUGUGUGUGACGUUGGCUCAGGAGAGUGUGAUCAAGUUAGCCGUGGAGCACUUUGUUCAGCUGGGGUGGGCUGUGAGGCUCCACUGCCUGCAGGAGGAGAGCGGGAAAGAAGAGGACUCCUUUGCUCUGCCCGUCUUUGUUCUGGUCUGCACCAAGUUUCGUCAGCCUAUGCCCAUGCCCAUUCUGGAGAUGUGUCUCGGGGAAGAUGGAGCCCCGGCUCGUCUCACACAGGUAGCAGAGUUGUUGUCGGCAGUGAGGGAGCAACAGGCUUACUCUGUCUUGAAAAAAAGGCUCCGCACAAGCACAGACGCCAGCUCGAACCUCUCCCUCACGCUCUGCCACACCAAGACCGGCCUCCCCAGAUACACUCUUACAGUUCAAGAUAGUGCUCCAGGUGCCAAGGUGCCAAGAUCAAACCAAUUUGCUAUUUUCAUUGUGCCUCAGGGCAGUGAGACAGCGUGGCUCUAUUGCUCCAGCGAGGGCCGAAGGCAGCUGGCAGCCAGCGCCAACUUUCGGCGGCUGGUUAUUGUGGCGAUGCACAGGAAUCAGGAGUACACAGACAUGCAGGCCGUUCAGGCAGAACUCUCACCGAUGGUGAUGGACUUGGCUCCCCCGGGUAUGCCGGCCAACCAGCAGGUAAACACACAUAAACAGUGCCGUUUUCUGUCAGUUGGAGGUAGCCUGGGUUGGCGAGAGGAGGUGAGCCAGGGUGUGAGUGAGCUGAGCGGGGAAUACUGUGUGGAGAAUGUCAGAGGAGAAGACGGAGAACUGUAUCGGAGACUCGUUUUCCUGGCUAAUGCUGCUUUCCUCGUUCAGUCAGAGAGUCGUCUCGUCUCUCCAAAUACUGCAUCAAGUCACAAGAAGAAAACCAAAAGGAAAGUCAAGCCAACAGCUCCUCCGACAACAUCCACCGCCUCUCUGUCAGUGGACAGCGGCUUCCUCUGCUGCGCUCACCAUGAAGUUAUGGUGGCUGGCCUCACCAUGCUCGGGGUGGGCACGCCACAGAACAAAGGUGUCGCAGUGUCAGUCCUCCUGGUGGGGCUUGGUGGAGGAGGCCUGCCUCAGUUCCUACGAGAUUUUGUGCCCAAUGUUACUGUCGAGGUUGUAGAACUGGACCCUGCUGUGUUGCAAGUGGCGAAGGAAUGGUUCGGGUUCCGACCAGAUGAUCGUUUGACUGUUACUAUUGGGGACGGACUCGAACGAAUCUGUGCCCUGGAGAAAAGGGUUAGUGGUCAUUUGUUUGACGCCAUCAUGUUCGAUGUAGACAGUAAAGACAGUACUGUGGGUAUGAGCUGUCCUCCCGCUGCCUUUGUAGAAACCUCGAUCCUCCAGAAAGUCAGCAACCUGCUAACUGCCAGAGGUGUAUUCAUGCUCAAUCUUGUAUGCCGUGACUCAGUCUUAAGGAAAAGCGUGUUGGAACGUGUAAGUGCCGUGUUUCCCAGCAUCCUCUCCAGGAAGAUUGAAGGGGAGGUCAACGAGGUCCUUUUGUGCACUCGUGGAGAAAAAGAAACAUCGGACGCUGCUGGCAUCCUCCAGACCCUGAACCAAGCAGGCAAGAGUCUGCAGAGCGCACUGUGCUCAAACAGGACUGAAACCAGCAGCAGCCCGCACAUAGACAUCGCAGGGCUGUUGAAAGACCUCAAAGUAGAGUGACGUUUGUUUGUGAUCAAAAGGGGGAUAGGAUUUAAAGGUCCAGUGUGUAGGAUUUAGGGGGCUAUAUUGGCAGAAAUAGCAUAUUAUAUAAUAAGUAUUUUCA